UUUUGUACAAAUUGCGCAUUGUUUACGUCUGAAUAAUUUUACACGAAGUUCCAAAAGGUCCCAACAGAUGACGAAUUACAUCGAUUCCACUGGUCCUUUUAUUUCAUUCAAAUCGUUGAUAUUGUUCAGAUCAUUUUCGUAUAAAUAUACAAAUCGAGGAGCGGGCUUAUUUAUUUAUUACCACAAUAUUUUAUAUACAAAUGGAAAAAAUAGGAAUUUUCAGGUGUCUCAGUUAAUCCAAUCUAUUUUGAUCAACAAUUCCUGUCUUCGCCCAGCUGUGUUCCAAUGAAACUGUACACAAAGUUGACGUGUUUCUUAAUAAUGUGAACCCCAAAAUAUGAAUUUUUUCUUUUGUACUUUAAUGUGCGUAUUUUUCCUAAUAUUUAAGUAAUCAGGUGAUGCAUCACGAAAUGUCGGUACUGUAAAACACAUCGAAAAGUAUAGUGUCCCGAAAAGGUGCGAAUUUCAGUACAUGAAAAACAAACUUGUGAAAACAAUUGGAUUGUCCAGGUAAAUACAAUAUCCAGUAGAUGACUUCUAAAAAUGGGAGCAAUGGAUAUUCCAGGAGUUUUUGUUGCUUUGAAAUCACAAUGGGAACUUGUGAAAAGAAAGCCCGAUGUUCAGAUAGCAAGAAUUUUCUCCCAAACUAUUCAACAGCAUUCUAAUGCCGAAAUUCAACAUUUUUUAGAAUACAUUUUGAUUCCAGUUGAAAUACACCUUCAUAAUGACAAAAUCAGUAAAGAAGUGCGGCAACAUAUUGUAGAGCUUCUCAGAUCAGUACUUUCUAAAGCAAGAAUAUUGAACAUGAACAAUUUCAUAAAGUUGUACACAGGCCUGCUUGUUCAGAUUUAUGAUCCAGCUGCGGAAAACAUGUUGGUUCCGUCGCAUGAAGAACUGAAAGAAAGUACAGUGAAAUGCCUCAAUGAUUUGAUCAAGCGCACGUCCAUGGACAUUAUAGAAUGUCUUUAUGUACGAAAAAAUGCUGCCAAACUCAGUCAGGGUGUUUACACGUGUCUGAGUGUCGCAAAAACUGAAAAACUCAAUUCUCUCAGAUUGGCAGCAAUAGAAACACUGAUGACUCUGUUUCAAGUUCAUGAUGAAGUUGAUACAAAUGACAUAGUUCACAGAGCACAAGUCGCCUCCACAGUGAUGUUUUUUUUGCCUGGGAUUGCUCACGGUCUUCACCAAGUGGCUUUAGGGAAUGAUCUCCAAAAUCACAGAAUUACAAUGACAGCGAUUCGGGCAUUCGGAAGAAUAGUUGCUCUCAUAAUGGAAGAUCAACCUGGAAAUGAAAGUCUCACGAUCGAAAGCGUCAUUAAGAAACAAAAUAUAGAAAAACCCUUUGAUCCGUUAGGAAAUUGUCUAAAACUGGAGGGAGAUAAGGGAAUGAAAAAACAUUUGGAAACCACAAUACGAAGUCAGGAAUGGCUCGACGCUGCAUCGGUUAAACUGAAUGGAUUGAUGCGAUCACUCGUCAAUCUUGUGAGACAUCCCUAUCCGCAAGUUAGAAAAGAAUUGUCACUCGCAGUGAAGCUUUUACUUACUCGAUGUUCGAGAAACAUGACUCACAACUUCAUGGAACUCGUUGAAAUUUUGAUUUCGCUUUCCGAAGACAACGUCGAAGAUAUCCGAAAUUCUUCGCGAGCUGCCUUGAACGAAAUGAACGAAAAGUUUACGAAUAAUCACGGCAUGAGACCGAUCGUGGAAUUGCUUGAGGAAAAUUUUUAUAAACUACUUACAAAACUUCCCCGUUUGAUAAGACGAUCUGACGACUCAAUUCAGUUGGCUUAUUUGAAUCAAUUAGCUGGUUACAUAAAACUGCUUGGAGAACAGAGACUUCCUCACGUCAUGGCUUCGGUGUCACAUUUACGAAGACUUUUACUCGCUCUCGUUUAUGUUGCUGAACUCGACUGCAGCCAUGUAUCAGUUUUGGAAGAAAUUCAAGCGAAAGAUAUCGAGGAUGGAACAUACAAUACUUUAGACCUAUGGAAAAGCUUUAAAUUCAUCAGAGAUAAAUUAACCGAAGAAAAGUUCCUUUUUAUUUGCAAGCUUCUUGGAGAAUUGGGCGACCUUUCACUUUUAGUUGACAGCAUUUUCGAUCUCAGCUCCGAAAUGCCUCAAUACCGAAAAGAAUUGACACUGAUAUUGAAUUCUAUAUCAACUGCUCCAAUCAGUGAUCCGUCAGUGUUGAUCGUUCACGAACAAAUUAUCGAGAAUUACACCGAUUCGGAGAAUUGGUAUUUGCCAAUAGAAGUGAGCGAAGAUAUCACCUUGGGCGAGGCUCAAAGUAACAUCGUGAAUUGUUGCUUUAUGGUCGAAGGACUCGGGAACAUUGCAAGUACCAUUAAAAACGAGUAUGAAAAAUACCUCCUCAAAACUCUGUACCUCGUUAUUGAACGAGCAGGCAGUGGGAACAGCUUAAUCAGUCGGGCCGGUUUAAAGAGUCUCGAAAAAAUAGCCCAUUCACAAAACCACAAGAGCGUUGCUGAACUUCUUGAAAAUAAUGUCGAUUACGUAUCUUUUCACGUGACAAUGAAAAUGCGACGAGUCGAAAGAAAUCCUGGUGUACUCGAUGUCUUCUCCGUUGUCAUGAAAUACAGCACAGCAGACGUAUUGCCCUGUCUCCAAGGAGUUGUCGAAGAUGCUCUUGACCAAUUGUCCACAAACAAUCACGGCAGAAAUGUUCAAUCUUUGCUUAAAGCACUAUACAUAUUUACUAUCUGCGUAAGGAAAUUAACCAACUAUCGAGAGAGUGUGAGCGAAGAAAAGAAGGAGAAAAAACUCACUAAGGCAGAAGUGGUAAUCGAAUCUCUCGUCGAAUAUUACGAAGCAAAACAAGCUGCGAAAAACAUUGAAGAAGAAGUUGUUACUAGUCCUGAAGAUAUUGAGAAAGAAAUGAUCGAUGGAACUGCUGAACAAUUUUCUGCUUACAAUAAUCAAGAAGAAAACGAAAAGGUUAAACCCCCACCUCAUGUCAAAAUGACGGAAGACGUUAUGAAAUGUUGCUUAAAUUUUUUGCCAUCGAAAGAUAUAGCAAAGAGUUUACUAGCGAUGCAAAUAUUGGAAGAAGGACUAUUUAUUCUGGCGAAAUGGAGCGAACAAUUACUGCCUUUAGUGCAUCAAAUGUGGCAUCCGCUGGUCGACAGAUUUAACGAUCCUAACGUGCUCGUGAUCAAUAGAGCAUGGCAACUUUUGUACACACUGGCUCAUGUUUCUCAAGAUUUUAUCAGGUCUCGAACUCUCAAGCAAGUUCUGCCUUCCCUCGCGACAUUUUUAACGAAAUCAGCCAAGGAGAGUUACAAGAAAGAUUCGAAGAAUGCUUACAAAUUUACACAAAUGUAUAAACUGCAAAGAAUCCUCCUCUCUCAGGCUGGCAUUGUGGCUAAAAAUCUGCGACUUCAAGAACGCGAGUUGUGGCAAAUGCUCGAGAUCACCCAACCGUAUCUCAGCUCUUAUCAGCAUCCGACUCUUCAGGAAUGUUGCGUGCAGUUAUACAAGGAAGUGGCUGAUUGCAACGUCGAUGUUGUUUGGGUAAAAUGUCUUGGAAUAUGGAAUCGUCACGUAGGGCGUAUUCCAAAGGACCAUAAUCUAACGACAGUAGGCUUGAAGACGUUAAUAUCCGGCCAAAGUGAUUAUCAAAAAAACGUUGAAGCAAUACUAGCUUGGAUCGAAGAAACCACUGUUGACUUGUAAAUAAUAUACCUACAAAUAUGUGAGUGAAAAAAAAUCUGUUGCGAGAGUGCUCAGUUCUUUUUAUUUUUAUUAAAAAUGUAUAUGAAAACUGAA